CCUUUGUUUCCAUCAGGAGAAUUCAACAGUUUUUAUUGACAGAUGAUGUCAAUCCACAAAAUGUUCAGUUCAUUACACAUUCGGAUUUUGCUGUAUCAGUACAAAAUGGUAGUUUUACAUGGGAAAAGAACACAGAAAGAUCUACAUUAGGAUAAAUGUCAAUAUAAAGGAAGGAAAGCUAGUUGCGGUUGUUGGUCAUGUUGGAUCUGGGAAAUCGUCCUUUAUAGCAAGCAUCUUAGGAGAGAUGGAAAAACUUGCUGGUGAAGUCAGAGUCAAAGGUUCUGUUGCGUAUGUUUCACAAGAAGCAUGGAUACAAAACUUGACAGUUAAAGAUAACAUUUUGUAUGGACACACAUUUAACGAUAGAAAAUACAACAGAGUCAUUGAAGGCUGUUGUCUGAAAACAGAUCUUGAAAUCUUAUCUGCUGGAGAUAUGACAGAAAUAGGUGAAAGGGGAAUAAAUGUAAGUGGAGGACAGAAACAAAGAAUUAACGUCGCUCGGGCAGUGUAUAGUAAUAGUGACAUUUAUCUGCUAGAUGACCCACUAAGUGCUGUUGAUUCACACGUUGGUCAAGACCUGUUCAAAAAGGUCAUCGGACCAGAAGGGAUGUUAAGACAUAAGACAAGGAUUUUAGUAACCCAUGGGGUUCAUUGGCUACCAAAAGUGGAUGAAAUAAUUGUCAUGGAUAAUGGUCGAAUAUCAGAACGUGGAACUUUUCAACAACUUCUACAACAUAACGGACCAUUCGCACAAUUUUUGCAGAUCUACCUUUUACAUGAUGACGCUCCGGACGAAGAAAAUCACGCCGAAAUCAGCAAAAUCAAAGAUGAAAUUUGGGAUCAAGUAGAAAGUAUAACCUCUGAGGGAGGGUUAACGACGGAUGACAAUAUAUUUAUGCAAGGGGGGUUGUCUCGUCGUAAAUCCCAACUUCUAUUAAAGCAAGGCAGUUUAAUUGACUUGGAGAAAAGUCUUUCUGCUGCUGUAAUGAUUAAAGCCACAAUGGCCAGGCGGCAACGCAAUUUAAGAGAAUCCAAGGCCAGCAUGUCUAAGAAAUCACGAAAAACUAGUAUACCAGAGUCUACAGAAGGACAACUGAUCAAGGAAGAAACAGCACAAGAAGGAUCGGUUAAUCUAUCUGUAUUAAUAGAGUUCAUAAAAGCCAUGGGAAUCCCUGCUACUAUAAUGGGACUGUUGGCGUUAGCAGCACAGCAAGGAUUAAAUAUAUACCAGAAUUUCUGGAUAACAUUCUGGACAGAGGACAGCUAUCUCAAAAAUACAACAUUGAUGCAAACCCAGUCAUAUACUGAUAUUACGUUUUAUUAUCUAGGAAUAUACGCCCUACUAGGAUGUUUGCAAGGUAUUACUCUAUUCUUGUUUGGAAUGAUAGCAUUUACCCGGUUUGUUAAAGCUACUGGUGAUAUACAUGACAGGGGAUUGAACUGCAUUCUUCGAUCUCCAAUGUCGUUCUUCGACACAACGCCUGUAGGUCGAAUAAUGAAUCGCUUUAGUAGCGAUAUCGACGUAAUAGAUGACAGAUUUCCUAGAACGUUCCGAAUGUUGUCAAUCAUGGGAUUCAUGCUUUUUGGUACAAUAUUUGUUAUCAUUGUGACUACUCCAGUAUCAUUGGCUGUUAUCUUACCUAUGUUAAUAGUAUACAUCGUUAUCAUUAAACUGUAUCUGCCGUCGGCAAGACAGCUUAAGAGAAUAGAAUCGGUUACCCGAUCACCCAUUUAUAACCACUUCUGUGAAACAAUUUCUGGUGCAAGCAUAAUUCGGUCUUACAGAUCUGUAAAUAGAUUUAUUGAUGAACUUCAUACUCGUCUUGAUAUAAAUGCGUGUUUUUAUUAUGCGGCUAACACUGGAAUGGGAUGGAUUGGUAUCUUUAUUGAAUCAUUAGGAAAUUUGAUUCUUUUAGCCGUUGCCUUAUUUGGCAUCAUUUCUACUGAUAUAAAUGGUGGAGAUAUUGGCUUAGCAUUAACUUAUGCCUUUCAGAUAAUUAUUGCUAUGAAUAUUGUAGUCAGAGGAGUGAGUGAAAUGCAGAUGAACUUAGUAUCCAUUGAAAGAUGUGAAGAAUAUACGCAUUUACCUCCUGAGGCCGACUGGAUACAGAGACAUAAACCUCCAAUCGACUGGCCACAAAAGGGAACAAUACAGUUCUGUAAUUACAAAACACGUUACAGAAUUGGAUUAGAAUUAGUAUUGAGUGGAAUUGAUUGCUUCAUUAAGAAUGGAGAAAGGGUUGGAAUAGUAGGAAGAACGGGAGCAGGUAAAUCAUCUCUCAUGCAGGCUCUGUUCAGACUUAUAGAACCAGCAGAAGGUUCGAUAGUUAUUGAUGACAUUACAACUACAACAAUAGGUUUACAUGACCUCAGGCGAAAGAUAACAAUACUACCUCAGGACCCAGUAUUAUUUUCUGAUACAUUGAGAGUAAACCUAGAUCCGUUAGGACAAUUUUCAGAUACAGAAAUAUGGAAGGCACUAGAAUGUGCUCAUCUGAAAGAUUUUACAAUGAACCAGACAAAACAGCUUAUGUCAGAACUUGGAGAAGGAGGCAAUAAUCUGAGUAUUGGUCAAAGACAGUUGGUGUGCCUAGCUCGCACACUCCUUCACAAAACAAAUAUAUUAAUCCUUGACGAGGCAACAGCUGCUGUCGAUAUGGAAACAGAUGAUUUAAUCCAACGGACAAUUAGUGAAGAAUUUGCUGAGUGUACCGUAUUAUCAAUAGCCCACAGACUGAAUACAGUUAUGGACUACGACAGGAUAAUGGUUUUGGAUAAAGGUGUUAUUGUAGAAUUUGAUGCACCAGACAAUCUGCUGAGAAAUAAAGAUGGCAUAUUUUACUCUAUGGCACACGACGCGGGUUUAGUUUGAACGG